UUAAUGCUCUUUUUUCUUCGUGGUCUUUUUGUUGAGUUUCAGUCAUUGAACUGUUUCUUUUCUUUCUUCCAUCUUGUUCCAGUCUGUGCAGCUGCUGGUUUUGAAGUUCUUCUACUUCUCAUUUGUAGAAUCAAUAAAGUUCAUCUGAUUAUAGUUUAAAAAAUGGUGAAAUUCAGAAUCAGGUUUGGUACAAGUGUCGUCUCAGAGUUUUCCCAGUGUUUCUCUAGAGGAAACUCGUUCGCCCUAUCAAGACGCAGACACAACACAUUUCCUGUGAGAGAGAGGGUGAGGCCAACUCCGUCAGUGAAGAAGAAAGUUCGCAGAAGAGAAGAAGCUGAAGAACAGCUGAAGAAUCAGAGGACGAGUUUGACUGAAGAACCAUCCUCCGUGUGGGAGGACUCAGGAAAGAUGGUGUCUUGGGUCACCUCUUGUUGGAUUUACCUUUGGAUCUUCGUCCAGUCUGCAAAACUCUCGGUUGACUCGGCUUCACCGACUCAUUACACCAUCCACAGCAACAAGGUCAAGUUUGAUCAGGCCAUGGAGGACUGUUCCCCCGGGGUCCUCACCACCCUCGCCACUGAGCAGGAAGUCACCAAUGUCCUCGGGCUCAUCUCCAAGUUGGUGUUGCCUCAGAGUAAUUUCACAUUUUGGGUCGGACUAAAGAAAGCCAAAGACAAAUGUGUUGUCCCUACGUUGCCGCUGAGAGGAUUCAGCUGGAUCGAGGAUGACAGUGAGGACUCACAGGGGAAUCACUGGGCGAAGGAGCCACAGGACUCAUGUACGUCGGUUCGCUGUGUGGUGCUACAGGGGGAGUCUGAUGGGUUGUCUGUGACCAGGUGGGGGCUGAUUCCAGUCACCUGCAGGGACAGUUCAGUUCAUCAGUUCAUCUGCAAACGGAGAGACAGACCAACAAGACCGAUGUCUGAGGACAGAAUGUCCACCAUUAAACCUACAGCACUGGAACCAGUAACACAUGAAGUUAAACUAGCAGAGCCAGAACCACCUGAAACUAAACCUAAUCAUCCCAUGCAAGAACCAGAGCCAGAAACUAACCUGAAUUUUGAAACCAAACCUGAACCUGACCCUGGACUUCACUCUGGAUCAGGGGUGGGAUCGAACUUGUGUCAGCAUCCUGUAAUCCCCAGGAUGCGCUCUCUCCGUCCGGACUCCACCAACAGGAUCCAGGUGGAGUGCUGGUCCACUUACCAGCUGGAUCUCUACUGCCGGGGUCGUCCUGCUGUGUGGCGUCUACUGGAUGACUCCCCCGCCAACCUCACCAUCCUCUGUCAACCGUGCAGCGACGGCUUCCAGAAAGACGCGUCAGGAAACUGUGUGGACCUCGACGAGUGCACCAGCGCCCCCUGCAGACACACCUGUCUGAACACAGAGGGCUCAUACAGGUGUGUCUGCUCCGACGAGGACGGGAAACAUCACGACGAGGACUCACCGACCUGCACACGCAGGGUUACUCUCAAAGACGGUGGUUCCCUGUCGGGCAUCUUGAUCCCGGUGCUGGUUGCUGUGGCGGCGCUGGUGGUGUUAGUGGUGGUUGUUGCAGUGACCGUGAAGUGCUGCCUGAAGAAUAAGAUUUCUAUGAAGAAUGAAGAGAGCAUUCAAAUCUGACUCAGACCUGUUAGGACCUGGUUCAGACCUGACUCAGACCUGUUAGGA